AUCACAUGUGGCUCUUACGAGCUUUCAAAUGCUCAACCCACAGAAACUAGCCUUCUCCAUUUCCCGCCAAUUCCCAUCACUCGACGAAUCACGACCCCGCGAUCUCGCGAGAGACUUUCUCUGCCUGCUAAAAAAAUGCGUCUCCGCGAACCAAAUCCGAGAGAUCCAAGUCCAGAUGCUCUUAAACUCGGUCCAAAAACCGAACUUUCUGAUCCCCAAGGCCGUCGAGCUCGGAGACUUCAACUACGCAUCUUCCCUCUUCUCCGCGACGGAACAACCAAACCACUACUCCUUCAAUUUCAUGAUCCGAGGGCUGACCAACACGUGGCACGAUCACGGAGCCGCUCUCUCGCUGUACCGCCGGAUGAGGUUUUCCGGGUUAAAGCCCGACAAUUUCACUUACAAUUUCGUGUUCGUAGCGUGUGGGAAUCUUCCCGAGAUUGGGGUCGGUAGAUCUGUCCACUCGUCGUUGUUCAAAGUCGGGUUGGAUAGAGACGAUCAUGUCAAUCAUUCGUUGAUCGCUAUGUAUUCGAAAUGUGGUUAUAUUGAUAGUGCACGGAAGGUGUUCGACGAAAUUACUGAGAGAGAUAUGGUGUCUUGGAACUCGAUGAUCUCUGGGUAUUUGCUUGCGGGUUGUUCUAAAGACGCGGUGGGUUUGUUUAGGGAGAUGGAGGAGGAAGGAGUUGAGCCUGAUGAGAGGACGUUGGUGAGUGUGUUGGGUGCUUGUGGGCAUUUGGGCGAUUUGAAAACUGGUAGAUUGCUGGAGGAGAUAGCUGUGAGGAGGAAGAUUGGGUUGAGCACGUUCCUUGGGUCUAAGUUGAUCAGUAUGUAUGGAAAAUGCGGUGAGUUGGAUUCAGCUAGAAGGGUUUUUAAUCAGAUGGUUAACAAGGACCGUGUUGCUUGGAAUGCUAUGAUCACUGUAUACUCCCAAAAUGGGAGGUCAAGCGAAGCUAUUAAGCUGUUUCGUGAGAUGGAAGGUUCCAGAGUUUCCCCUGAUGCAGUAACGUUUUCUACGGUACUGUCUGCUUGUGGUUCAGUUGGAGCUCUUGAGUUAGGCAAACGGAUUGAGACAUACGCUUUGGAAACAGGUCUGGAACAUAACAUUUACGUGGCGACAGGACUAGUCGACAUGUACGGGAAGUGCGGAAGCAUAGAGGAAGCUCUUAGAGUAUUCCAAGCAAUGCCGGUGAAAAACGAAGCCACUUGGAACGCUAUGAUAUCUGCUUAUGCGCAUCAUGGACAAGCUCAAGAAGCGCUCUCGCUGUUUGAUCAAAUGUCAGUCCCUCCAAGUGAUGUUACAUUCGUGGGAGUUCUCUCUGCUUGUGUGCACGCGGGUCUGGUCGAUCAGGGCCGUCGAUACUUCCAUGAGAUGAGUUUCACAUUCGGGUUGGUUCCGAAAAUCGAGCAUUACACAAACGUGAUCGACCUCCUAUCUCGUGCGGGGAUGUUAGAAGAGGCGUGGGAGUUGAUGGGGAAGUUUCCCGGGAAGCCAGACGAGAUCAUGUUGGGAGCGAUUCUUGGAGCGUGUCAGAAGAGAAAAGAUGUGGUGGUUGGAGUGAAAGCGAUGAGGAUGUUGAUGGCGAUGGAAGAGGCGAAGAACGCAGGGAACUAUGUUAUAUCUUCCAAGGUUUAUGCUGAGAUGAAGAUGUGGGAUGAAUGUGCGAAGACGAGGGCGUUGAUGAGAGAGAGAGGUGUAGUUAAGACACCAGGAUGUAGCUGGAUUGAGAUGGACGGUGAGUUAAUGGAGUUUAAUGCAGGAAGCGAUUGUUUACAGUGUGGCAAUGAAGAUUCAGGGUCGUUGUACGGUUUGUUGGUAGAGGAGAUGAAAAGUGAAAGGUAUGAUUGUCUUCAGCUGUGGUAAAAGAUGUGAGUUAACGCGUCUUCUCUCUUGACUUUCAAAGUGGUGCAAAGAGUCCAUGAUAUGGUAUGCUUUCAUGUGAUGGCUUGUAAUGUGGGGACAAAUGGGUGGUUAGAUGUCAUAAGUACUAACUUCUGACUUUGUCUACAAGCAUUUGUUUAGAUAUAUACAAGUUUUAUAACAAUCUAAACAUAUGAGGCUCAUUGGUGGAAUAACAAUAUCGCAUAACCAAACAAAAGUGAUGCUUUGAAUGAAGGGGAAGGAAGCCAUCGCGGAACCAACCACAACCGUUUAGGAGAACGACGUCGCAUCGGCCAUUUUCUCCAACCUUGAAGCCAAAUAGCUUCUUAACGUCCAGAUCUCUUCUACGUCUUCUUCUCUGUUCACUCCUCCCCUGCGUCUCUCUCUCUGCAUGUUCCGCUGUAUUCCUAGGGUUUCGGAUCCUGAAUCUAAUUUCUAGAGAU